AAUUCCGACACCCAGGAAUUAUCCAAAACCGAAAAAUUCCAACUUUUUCAAAACUUGAAUAUUCAAGAAUCCCCUCCUCCUCCUCCUCCGCUUCCUGCUCGAACCCAAGAUUUUCUCUCGCUUUCCGAGCGUUUCCUUAGGCAUCCCUGCGCUGCCAGACCUGACCAAGUAUCUGCUGUGAUCCGCUCCCGGGAGCUCCCGACAUGGCCACCCUCUUCGCGUCGUCCCUGCACACGGCCUUGCGCGGCCACCCACCGUCGCCGGCGUCCCCGUCGUCGGCGUCGGCAGCGUCUUCUCGUGUCUCCCACCUCGGCUCGCCGAUCUUGUCGGCGGCGGGGACCCGUGCCCCGGGCCUGUCGUCGAGCCGAUCGUCCUUCUUCACCAGCCGCUUCGGGAGCGUUGUCGGUAGUUACAGCGCGAGAGUGGCGAGGAGCGAAUGCCGCGGGCCGCUGGUCGUGUGCAUGUCCUGGGACGGACCCCUCUCUUCCGUCAAAUUGAUCAUUCAAGGCAAAAAUCUGGAGAUGAACAGUGCAGUGAAGUCUUAUGUUGAGGAGAAAGUUGGAAAGGCUGUACAGAAGCAUAGCCAUCUCGUGCGCGAGGUCGAUGUCAGGCUAUCGAUUCGAGGCGGAGAGUUUGGAAAAGGCCCCAAAGUUCGGAGAUGUGAGGUUACAUUGUUCACCAAGAAGCAUGGCGUGGUUCGAGCCGAGGAAGAUGCGGAGUCGAUUUAUGGAAGUAUUGAUUUGGUGUCGUCGAUUAUACAAAGGAAGUUAAGGAAGAUCAAGGAGAAGGAGUCUGAUCAUGGUAGGCACAUGAAGGGAUUUGAUAGACUGAAAGUAAGAGAACCGGUGGCUGUGCCGCCGGUUGUGGAAGAUGAUGUAGAGGAUGUUCCUCAACGAGAGGAUGAGGACUUUGAUGAGAUUGUCAGGACCAAGUACUUUGAAAUGCCACCUUUAACGGUAGCUGAAGCAAUUGAGCAACUGGAAAAUGUUGAUCACGACUUCUAUGGGUUCCGGAAUGAAGAAACCGGUGAGAUCAACAUUUUGUACAAGAGAAAAGCUGGGGGAUAUGGUCUGAUAGUACCGCAAGGAAAUGGUAAAGCACAGAAAUUGGAGCCUGUGGUCAUGGAACCAGCCAAAGAGCCGUCCUUUGCUGAGUGAGAGAGGCGAGGUGAAGCAAGGGGAUGAUCCUUUCCAUGUGAUAACAUAAGAUUUUCAAGGCCUUUUGCAUCAUUGGCAUAAUCAUCCUGGCAGGAGAUCAUUGAAAGGCCAAGCAUUGCCAGAAUGACCUCAUACUGAAAAGACUAAAUUACAACUGAUUAAGCAUCAUAGUCGACCAAAAAACAAAAAACAAAAAACAAAAAAAGCGUCAUAGAGCUACUUAUGGAAAACCAACCUUUUGAAGCAGAGCCCACUUUGCGGUGUUGUAAUCAUCAUCUGACCUGUAUGCAAGGUAUAUAUGCCCAUUUGCUUUCAUUUCCUGGGGUCUUCAGCGAGUUUCUGCUAUUACAGAACAUUUCUCAUCUUGUGUUUCUCUUUUUGUUAUGAAUUAUAUGAUGUUAAUUUGUCC